AUGGUGUUCACUCCAAGUGCGCUAGAGGAACGGUGCAGGAGCUGGGAGAAAGGUGCUCCAACCUUGAAGCGGCAACCUGUCUUCAGCUUCUACUCAGACUACACCUUCAGCCUGCUGGAGCCUGUUUUCAGAGACGUAUGUCAUGGCGCAGAUCAUGAAAGGCUUUGUGAAGCGACUCAGCAGCAAUUCUGCCAGAUGCUGGACAGAUGUGAUUCGGUAGAUUACCAGAGCUGCGACGAUUAUGUCGAUGAGCUCAUGACUCUGUGCAGUGAUAUCACUCGUGAAUGCAGUGGAUCGUCGUUUGCCCAGUGGCGCCUUGGUGCCGAUGCAGAAAGCGAGCUGCGAAAGGGCUGGAUACACUUUGUUCGUCUCAUCGGCAUUCGUGACUAUGACUGGGAGAAUGUGAUGAAAUGCUUGUCCGACCUCCCAGAACAUGAUGAGAUAUCCCAGACAAAAGCAACGACCAAGAUGGUGCAACAAGCCAUCCAUCAGAAGCUGUUGGUCCCUCUCCAGCUUUGGUCAUUUUUGCUCAGAGCUGCUGCAGGGGCAGCCGGUUCAGCCAGCCCUGCAAAGAGGCAAGGAUAUGUAUAG